CCACACUUCAUCGCCUCAAGGCAGAACCCUAAUUUAUCUCCGCGUCUUCUUUUUGCUCAGUAACAGGCCAUCGGAGAAGUUAAGAGGCUAAAAUGGAUAUCGACGGAGAAGAUGUAUCUAGAAGACUUCACGUUAAGUUCGUGACGAAGCUUGACUCUCCCUUCAAAGUUCCGGUCAACUCCGUCGCAAUCCCUUCUAAUGUCACUCGUCUCGGCCUCUCUUCCAUCGUCAAUUCUAUUAUCGAAUCCGAGAAUCCAGAGUGGAAAACUGAGCCGUUUGAUUUCCUUAUUGAUGGGGAGCUUAUUCGGAUGUCACUCGAAGAGUUUCUUCUUGCAAAGGGAAUAUCGGCGGAGCGUACUCUUGAAAUCGAAUACAUAAGGGCUGUGACACCACGGAAGGAAGAAGAACCCUCCUUGCAUGAUGAUUGGGUCAGUGCGGUUAAUGGUUCUUCUCCCAGGUUCAUUUUGACUGGGUGCUAUGACGGAUUAGGAAGGGUAUGGAGUUCGGCUGGAUCGUGUUCACACAUAUUAGAAGGCCACUCCGGGGCUAUCUCCUCUGUUGCUUUAGUUAAUUCCAACGAUGCAGAAACUGUUACUGUAGCCACUGCCUCUAAAGAUCGGACAUUGAGAUUGUUUAAGUUUGAUCCAGCUGAGUCUGUUGACUCUACUACGAAAGUAAGGGCAUACAAGAUAUUGCGUGGACACAAGGCGUCAGUUCAAAGUGUUUCAGCUCAGAAAUCCGGAAACAUGGUUUGCUCGAGUUCAUGGGAUUGCACCAUCAAUUUAUGGAACACAAAUGAAUCUACUUCAGAAGGGGAGUCAGUAUCAGUAAAGAAAAGAAAAGGAAAUAAUCAGGCCGAGGAAUCUCAGUCAGAGGGAGAGGCAGUGACUUCUUUGGUUGGACACACACAGUGUGUAUCAUCAGUUGUUUGGCCAGAGCAUGAUGUAAUUUAUUCCUCUUCGUGGGACCAUUCCGUUAGGAGAUGGGAUGUUGAGACAGGGAAAGAUUCUUUGAACUUGUUCUGUGGAAAAGCUCUCAACACGGUAGAUGUUGGUGGUGAAAGUUCUGCCCUUAUAGCUGCUGGUGGCUCAGAUCCAAUCCUUAGAGUAUGGGAUCCUCGUAAGCCAGGAACAUCCGCUCCCGUGUUUCAGUUCUCUUCACACUCAUCAUGGAUUUCCGCCUGUAAGUGGCACAAAAGCUCUUGGUUUCACUUGCUCUCCGCUUCCUACGACGGCAAAAUCAUGCUCUGGGAUCUCAGAACCGCUUGGCCUUUGUCAGUAAUUGAUACACACAAUGACAAGGUUUUAUCUGCUGACUGGUGGAAAGGAGAGAGUGUAGUCAGCGGAGGAGCAGACUCUAACUUGCGAAUUUCUUCCGGAAUCGCAAUUUCUUAAAAGGUAUGAAAUCCGAAAUCUUUUGACCAUUUCUUUUCUUACAUGAAAUGUGGAGCAAUGAAACAUUUACUCAGUUCCGUACGAUGUCUGAGAAAAUUCGAUUCUUUUCUUACUCAGAAACACAAACGAUUCAUGAUCCUGGAAUGAGACUGUUGUAAGUUCUGCUGAAUAGAGCUUAUUGUCUUCAAGGUUGUAUACUCUUCAUAUUCCGAAAUGUUAAAUCUUAAUUAUACUUUUGGUGGGAAGCAAAUUUUGUUUUUAUUGUCUGAUAACGACCAUUUAAAAUCAAGAGCUAUUUACUUAUGUUGUCUGCCGUGCUAAAUACUAAAUUAGUUUGCUUUUCUUUGGCCGAAAAAUAAAAUAGCAUCAACUACAAAAC